AUGGGUGUUGAGGGUGUGUGUGUGGUGUGUGUGUUGGUGUUUAUGGGUGUUGUUGGGGUUUGUGGUGUGGUUGUGUGUGUGGGUGUGUGUGGGUGUGUGUGGGGGUGGUGUGUGUGGGGUGUGUUGGGGUGUGUGUGUGUGUUGUGGUGUGUGUGGUGUGUGUGGGGGGUGUGUGUGGGGGUUGUAGUGAUGUGUGGGUGUUGUGGUUGUGUGUGGUGUGUUGGGGUGUGUGUGGUGUGUGUGGUUGUGUGGUGUUUGUUUUGUGGUGGGGGUUGGGGGUUGGGGUGGUUGUUGUGGGGGGGUGAUAUUGGGUGGGGUGUGGGUGGUGUUGGGGUUUGGUUGUGGGAUGGGGGUUGGGGUGGGGGUGUGGUGGGGGGGGGUGUGGGUGGGGGUGGGGGGGGUUUUGGGGGGGGGGGGGGUUUGGUGGGUGGGGGUUGGGUGUAG